UCAACACCCACCCUUGCAAUCUUCAAUUCAAUUUGAAUAAUCUUGUGAUGAUAGACAUGGAUUUAUCAUUACCUAAAUCCCAUUUCCUAUUUUCUCAUAGGGUGGAAGAUGGGAAUUCUACUAUCCGACACACAUCUCCAUCCGAGUUUCCUACUCGAAUGCGAGAUUCGUUAUCGAUGCGUCGUGGAUGGUAGCCAACAACCUCCAGAUCAGCAUUUCGCCUUUUGGGGGAAGUUGGUCACCAGUCGAAACAUUUAAAAGCCCGCGUGAGCAGCGGCUAGGUAGCACGUCAUCCAUCCCACCUAUUCUCACAUACUUAUCUACACAUUUUGGCAUUGUAAAUCCUCUUGACUGUUAAAUACCGUGUCCCCAGGGGUUGCAGCCCUCUUGCCAUGUCUCUUCCCGUGCACCCGACCGGCUUGGGAAGAGACACGGUUGAUCCGGCUAUUUCUACUUCGUCUAGUAAUUCGCUCGCCAAUGACGAUAACCUAAAUAUCGAAUUGUCAGACUUCAGUGCCGUAGAGUCCUCUCGUCCAUCUUUUCCUCGGCUUUCCACUAAGAUGUCCUAUCAACCACUCUCCUCCACCGACCCGGAUGAGCAGAAGAAUUAUGGAUCCUUAGACACGACGCCUCCGGGGAGCCCCACAGCUCUACUCGGUGAAAGUCUCCGAAUCGAGGAUUCCGUUCCAGAUAUAGAAAACCCAUUCCUAGACACAGAAACUGCAGAGUAUUGGCGACAGGUCUACGAAAACUGCCAGUAUGAGUGUAGACAUGUCUAUAACCCGAAACUCGAGUGGUCUGCCAAAGAAGAAAAAGAACUCGUUCGGAAACUUGACUGGAAAGUCUGUUUAUGGGCGUGCGUGAUGUUUUUCGGAUUGCAAGUAGACCGCGGAAAUCUUGGACAGGCCGUUUCAGACAAUAUGUUGGAUGAUCUUGGUCUAGACACUAAUGACUAUAAUUAUGGGCACUCUAUAUUCUUAGUCUCCUUCUUGCUUGCUGAGCUACCUUCGCAGCUCGUAUCAAAGGCCGUAGGUCCAGAUCGUUGGAUUCCCAUGCAGAUGGUUCUGUGGUCAUUUGUCGCCAUUUCUCAGUGCGCUCUCACCGGUCGUGGAUCAUUCCUACUAACAAGAAGUUUGCUUGGGUUCCUUGAGGGAGGCUUCAUUCCCGAUCUGGUACUAUGGCUCUCAUAUUUCUACACAUCGCGCGAACUACCAAUACGUCUCAGCUACUUCUGGACAACCCUCUCGGUGACAGGCAUUAUAACAUCCUUGAUGGCUUUUGGAUUAUUACGUCUCAGAGGCCUCUUCGGUUGGGAAGGUUGGCGGUGGUUGUUUUUAGUCGAAGGCUUAAUCACUCUAUGUGUUGGAGUGGCGUCAUUUUUCAUGAUGCCCGCAUCUGCUGUACAGACCAAAACGUGGUUUCGCCCGAACGGUUGGUUCACAGAACGAGAAGAGGCGAUCGUCGUUAAUCGAGUGCUCCGUGAUGAUCCUUCUAAGGGAGACAUGCACAAUCGCCAAGCGUUGACGCCAGCGCGGCUAUGGGAAGCCUUGAAAGACUACGACUUAUGGCCGUUAUACGCGAUUGGUCUAUUUGCCUACGUGCCACAGUCACCACCGAAAACUUACCUUACUCUUACCCUCCGAUCCCUUGGGUUUGGUACAUUUGACACCAAUCUCUUGACUAUUCCAGCAGAUGUGUUUCAUAUCAUGAACUUGCUCCUGAUUACUAGAGUAUCCGAAUGGUUAAACGAGCGAUCACUCGUAGCUAUCGCACAGCCCCUUUGGACCCUACCAUGCAUCUUCGCUCUCAGGUUUUGGAGUGGGGUAGUCGAAGAUAGAUGGGGCACUUACGCGAUUAUCAUGACAUUAUUGUCUUACCCAUAUUGCCAUGCGAUCCUUGUAGGCUGGUGUUCCAAGAAUUCCAACAAUGUCGGCACACGAACAGUCUCAGCUGCUUUAUAUAACAUGAGCGUCCAAACCGGAAGUGUGUACGCUUCGUAUAUUUACCGCGAUGAUGAUAAGCCGGCUUAUCGCCGGGGCAACACGGCUCUUCUAGCAAUUAAUCUUGUAUCAAUCCUCGUGUUCUUGCUAACGAAAAUAUACUACGUCUGGAGGAACAAACAGAAGGAACGCGCAUGGAACGCGUUGACAGAGGAGCAGCAGGUCGAGUAUAGGAGAACGACUAAACUCCAAGGUUCUAGGAGGCUUGACUUCCGGUUCGCGCAUUGAUGAAGAUAGCAUUCCGUUCAACUUCGACGAACACACUCAACACCAGUUGCAGAUGAGAUAUCAUAGAUAUAGUCUAUAACACUAAGAAUAGGAUUCCGGUCGGCGUUAACGUCUACAGUACGAUAGAAAUCUGGUAUUAUGGCUAAUAAUUAAGAAGAGCUCUGGUAACAUGAAACCUACCUAGGUACCUAGGUAGGUACCUAAUGAAGCCACAUCCGCCGCCGAGUACUAAGGAAAGGACAUAACUGACGUCACCGUUGGUAACACAAUAGCCCUAAAUUUAGCCGAAACCGCGGAUUGUCAGG